AUGAGUGAGACCGUUGAGAAGGCAGGAGAGACCAAAUUAGUCGCGGACACUGAUCCUAAUCAUUUGAAGGAAAAUUAUGGGUAUAAAGCUGCAUUUCAGACGUGGAGACAUGCUUCAAAUGCGCGAGAAAAUGAGUCGAAAUUGUUGUCAUCUGCCCUAAGGUGGUUCCCAAAUGGGGAUAAAACGCGGUUCUGUGAGAUUUUAGACGUUGAUAUUGAUGGAAAGAAUCAUAUUCAUGAAUUUUAUAUCGAAAACAAGGAAGUGGCGUCGAACAAGACGCAAUGUAGGGAUAUGGUAAUGGUUCACGGAUAUGGGGCGGCGUUAGGACUUUUCAUGCGUAAUUUCGACGAAUUAAGCGAGGUCGCGGGAAUUAGGAUCCAUGCGAUCGAUAUGCUUGGUUACGGGUUGUCUUCAAGGCCAAAAUUUCCCGGGACCGGAUUUUUAUCAAGUCUUGUAAAGCGUGGUAACGUCGCACCUGCUGAAGUGACGCAGGCAGAAGAUUUCUUUGUUGACUCGAUUGAAGCCUGGAGGAAAAAACGGAAUUUGAAAAAAUUCGUGCUGGUGGGUCAUUCAUUAGGUGGGUACCUUAGCUGUUGCUAUGCGCUUAAGUAUCCCGAUAAAGUUGAAAAAUUGAUUCUGGUAAGUCCCGUGGGAGUCGAAACGUCUAUUUACGAUUUGACUCGAAAACACUCUAAAGAACAUGUUCACGCGGCGGAAUUGGGUCCCGACGUGUCUAAGGAGAUAACCAAUAGUGGCGAAACGCCCAGUACCGAUAAACGCGUGGCAAAUUCGUCGACGACAACGACGCCGACUUCGUCGCCACCGAAAUCCUCGUCGUUGCAUGUGCCCGACGACUCCGGUAACGUGGAGCGGAUUCCAAAUAUGCCCAAGAUAUUCACCUACAUGUGGACUUACAACAUUUCACCCUUUUCGUUCCUACGGGCUUUGGGUCCAAUCGGCCCUUUGGCGUCCUCGAGGUGGUCAUUUCGCAGAUUUUCGUUUGCGGAAAACUCGCAAGAACUCUUGCGAUUCCAUGAAUAUUGCUACAGUAGUUUUACUGCGACUGGCAGCGGCGAAUACGCCUUGACCAGAAUUUUGGCACCCGGUGUCUUGGCGCGGCUGCCUCUUUUGAGUAGGGUGCCGGGCAAAUUGCAAUGUCCCUCUCUUUGGAUGUACGGUAGCAAUGACUGGAUGAGUAAAGAAGCCGGCAGCGUUAUUGUUAGAGAAUUGAACAAGCAAUCCGGCUCUUCACCGGCAGAAUAUUCCAUAAUUCCAGAUGCAGGUCACCAUCUUUACUUAGACAAUCCAUCAGCCUUCAACUCAAGAUUGAAACGGUUCUUAGGCGUAUGA